AUGGUUGAUGCAGCGUUUAUUAUAAUCCCAGUGGUCUUUUUUUCCGUUUGUAUUGUUUUCACCGUGUUGAGUUUACUUUGCGGGUUGAGCGUUGGUGGCGGUACCAGCGGAGGCGGCGCUGAUUUUGGUGGCGGCGGCGACCACGCAGGAGGAGGCCAUGAUCUCGAAGAUGGAGGUGGCGGCGGUGGAGGUUAUGAUGGAGGUGGCGGUGGUGGAGAUUAUGAUGGAGGUGGCGGAGGUGGAGGCGGCGGCGGCGGGGGAGGUUGUGAUGGAGGCGGUGGCGGCGGCGCCUCUGCUUGUUGA